GAACGUCAGUACUUCAGUAAAUGGGGCACAGUGUGUGAUGCAUGCUGGGAUAUGAGAGCUGCCAGUGUCCUCUGUAGACAGCUGAAUUGUGGGAUUGCUGUGUCUGUUGUGGGAUCAGACUGGUUUGGAGAGGGAAGUGAUGAAAUCUGGGCUGAUGUGUUUGAUUGUGACGGGAAUGAAACAAAACUCUCAGAAUGUUCCAUCUCUUCAUGGAGUCGAGCUGAAUGUUCUCAUAAACUAGAUGUUGGAGUCAUCUGCUCUGAUUCCUCUCUGGCUCUUCAUGAUGGUCUGGUGCGGUUGUCUGGAGAGAGACAGUGUGAGGGGGAGGUGGAAGUUUUCGUUCAGCAGGUCUGGAGGAGAGUUCUGCUGGACUCCUGGAGUCUCACUGAAUCCUCUGUGGUCUGCAGACAGCUGGGCUGUGGCUCUGUGCUGAACUUCUACGGCUCCUCUUCAUCCAGUCCUGAACACAGUCAUGAGUGUGUGACGGGCUUCCAGUGCUCUGGGAGUGAAGCUCAUCUGGGGAACUGCAGCUCUCCACAAACUCUCAACUGCAGCUCCACACAACAGCUGUCAACCACCUGCCUUGGUCGCGGGUCCAUCAGGCUGGUGGGUUCUGGGGGAGACUGUGCAGGGAGGCUGGAGGUUUUUCACAGCGGCUCAUGGGGGACAGUGUGUGAUGACUCCUGGGAUAUUAAAGAUGCUCAUGUGGUGUGCAGACAGCUGCAGUGUGGAGUGGCCCUCAGUAACCAGCAGGUACCAGCCUGGUUUGGUCCUGGUUCUGGACCCAUAUGGCUGGAUGAGGUGGAGUGUGAGGGGAAUGAGACGUCCCUGUGGAGCUGCUCUUCUCCAGGCUGGGGAAAACAUGACUGUCAACACAAGGAGGACGUAGGAGUCGUGUGCUCAGAGUUUAAAGAGAUCAGGUUAACUGAGGGCUGUGAAGGGAAUGUGGAGGUUUUCUACAAUGGAUCCUGGGGUAAUAUGUGCUGGAAUCAGAUGGAUGGAGACACAGCGAGUCUGAUCUGUCAAGAGCUGAACUGUGGAAGAUCUGGGGUUUUGUCUGCUUCAACAGCAAGAGUGAAAUCAGCUCCUAACUGGCUAGAUGAAGUUACAUGUCGACCACAUGAUUCCACUUUAUGGCAGUGUCCAUCUUCAACCUGGGGACAGAAUAACUGUGGUGAAGAUGAAGUGGCUAAGAUCACCUGCUCAGAGGAGGAAACUUAUGAGUCUCCUCAGAGUCAUCUGACAUGUUUUACCUCACCAUCUCCUUACCAGAGACAAUGCACAAAUCAUAUUCCUCUCAGACUGAUUGGAGAGGAGGGCCGGUGCUCUGGGAGGCUGGAGGUGUAUCAUAACGCUGUGUGGGGCUCAGUCUGUGAUGAUCAGUGGGACAUCAGCGAUGCUCAGGUGGUCUGCAGGCAGCUGGGUUGUGGAGCAGCACUGAGGACUGAUGGGAUUUCCGCCUUUGGUGCUGGUGCAGGUGUUGUGUGGAUGAACAAAGUCGAGUGCAGAGGGAAUGAGAUUCACCUGUGGGACUGUCCUCUCUCCCUGAAUAACCACACUGACUGCUCCCGGAAGAAGCUUGUUAGACUCACCUGUGCAGAUUUGUCAGAUGUGUCUGUGUGGAGUCUCAUCUCUGAUGAACUGCAUUCUGGGUAUGAAGAUGCUGAUGAGCUUCUCUCAGAUGAGAUGGUGAAGGAAGUCACACCGGGAUACUAUGAUGAUGUUAUUACUGACAGACUGAAACCAGAUCAUGAGACAGAAGACAGACCUGAGAGCUAUGAUGAUAUCAUGACGAGCGGACAGAACUCUGAUAUUAAAAAAGUGGACACAUUAGAUCAUUAUGAUGAUGUCAUCAUUAUUGGACAGAACUUUCAAGAUGUAACGAAGGGAGAUCAGGAGGAGUAUGAUGAUGUGAAGAACAGCAAUGAAGAUGAGAGAAACCUGUUUGACUAUGAUGAUGUGGGGGAGGAGUCAAAUAAAGAGGGAGGGGCCAUAUGACUCAAUGGAUACACUCUCCGCCUCUGUUCAUGAAAUCAUAUUACAGUUACUGGAGCUGCUGGGAGCUCCUUAUAUUACUACUAAUGCAUCAAUGCCUUAUGUUUUAUGUUAUUUUAAAUAUUUUUGUAUGAAAUGUUACAUACUUUGCAAAAUUCAGAAUCAACAAAUUUAAAUAUUUGUAUUUUAGCAUUUGGUAUUUUUUAUUUCUAUUUUGAUAUCAAUGCUUUUCACCUAAUAAACAAAAGAUACCAUUCCAACAUCAUGUCACAAAAAUACUUUUAAAAGAGCGGUUAGAGAAAAGGACCGAAACUUAUGCUAUAAAUGUUUAAGGAAGUACUUUUAGGCAGUAUUGUACUUUUAGGCUACUGACCAUUAUUAACCUAAAUAUAAUGAUAAAAAUAGAUUUACCACAUAAUAGAUAUUAUUAAGCUUCAUGUUUUCCAUAAGCUUACUGUCAUAGCAUCAGUUCAUUACUGUUAGCUUGAAUUAACUUAAGAUGAGUAUAAUUUAAUAUAUUAUUU